CAGAAAUGUUUGCGCCUGCGCGGUACGGGCGGGGCCUCUAGGGCGGAGCAGCCACCAUCUUGGAACAGGAGGCGGAGCAGAGCCGACAGGGAGCGACCGAGCGGGCCGCCGCCGCCGCCAUGAACCCCGAAUAUGACUACCUGUUUAAGCUGCUUUUGAUUGGUGACUCGGGUGUGGGCAAGUCAUGCCUGCUUCUGCGGUUUGCUGAUGAUACAUACACGGAGAGCUAUAUCAGCACCAUUGGGGUGGACUUCAAGAUCCGAACUAUUGAGCUGGAUGGCAAAACCAUCAAACUUCAGAUCUGGGACACAGCUGGUCAGGAACGGUUCCGGACGAUCACUUCCAGCUACUACCGGGGGGCUCAUGGCAUCAUCGUGGUGUAUGAUGUCACCGACCAGGAAUCCUAUGCCAAUGUGAAGCAGUGGCUGCAGGAGAUAGACCGCUAUGCCAGUGAGAAUGUCAAUAAGCUCCUGGUGGGCAACAAGAGUGACCUCACCACCAAGAAGGUUGUGGACAACACUACGGCCAAGGAAUUUGCAGAUUCUCUGGGUAUCCCCUUCCUGGAAACCAGUGCCAAGAAUGCCACCAACGUCGAGCAGGCUUUCAUGACGAUGGCUGCGGAGAUCAAAAAGCGGAUGGGGCCAGGGGCAGCUUCAGGAGGCGAAAGGCCCAACCUGAAGAUAGACAGUACCCCUGUGAAGCCAGCUAGUGGUGGCUGUUGCUAGGACGGGCACUUGGGGUGGGACAGGAAGGGACACCUUCUCCAGAUGAUGCCCCUGGAGGAGGCAGGAGGUGUCUCCCUCUCCCUCUCCUAGGGCAUUUGAGUCUGGCUUUGGGGUGUCCUGGGCUCCCCAUCUCCCUCUGGCCCAUCUGUCUUCUGCCCUAAGCCUCGGUCUUGUCAGGACCCCCAAGGGAGGACAUGUAGGACCUGAGGCUAGGGUGGUGGCAGGGGCUGCUCUCUGCUGCUGCCUCUAGAUACCUUGAAGAGAUGCCCACCACGCACCUUUCUUUGGAACGAGGGCUCCACUGUCUGUCACUCACUUCAUGUAUGCUGCACUGGGUUUCUCUCCCCUCCAAACGCUAAGCUCCUCCCUGGGCUUUCUGUCCCCAGCUGCAGUCACUGACCAAGGGGAUCCAGGACCUGGGAUCUGGGGUCCAGGCCCAGACUUCAGGACAAGCAUGGAGGCUACAGGAGCUUAGCAGCCCACCUUUUGCCCUCCACUUCCUCCCUCCACCGCUCCCACACUUAACAGCUUGAACCGUCCAGCUGCGGUGGGGUCUGAGCACAGCUAGUGUAGGUAGGCGGGAGGCUGUGCUGGGCCUGUGUCUCAAGCCCAAAGGGAGCCUGCUUCUGCCUCCCCCCUGCCCUGCCAGAGCCAGGCCCGUGUGCUUCCUGCCCACCGUGCCCCUUUGUCCCUGCAGCAGGCGGAGGCGGAAGGCCCACCGAGACAGAGGCCAGGCACAAGCCUUAACCCUCAUUCUGCCAGCACCAUCUUCCUUUGCCUGGGGCAGUACAUUUGGCUUGUUCUCCCUUCACCCUUUGGAGCCUGAGGGGCUAUAGCCUCAUCCCUUUUGCUACUUCUCCAGGGAAUGUGGGUGUAGCCCAGGAUUGGGAGACUGUUUUCCCCCUACCCACCCAGGAUAUCAGCCCCACCUUCUGGCACAGCUUCCUUCAGAAAACCUUUGGUCUUUACCUAAGAAGCCAUGUCCCUUGUGCUGUCUCUAGCCUGUCCCAUGCCCUGCCCACUUCUCCAGCUUGUGUAUUUAAAUCCUUGGGCUGCCCCUCAGGGAGGGGUGCCCCCCUCUCCCAGGUUCCCCUCUGGUGUCAUGUCAGGCAUUUUGCAAGGAAAAGCCACUUGGGGAAAGAUGGAAAAGGACAAAGAAAUUAAAAAUAAAUUUCCACUGGCCCUUGGAUGAACCGAGGGUUUUUGCAAGGAA